GUUGUUCUGUGUGUUAAGUAUUCUGUGGUUGUUACUCUUCGCAUUGUAAGUUAACCUAAAAUAUUGCAGCGCGUUGUGCGUUCAUUGAUGUCGGUAUUCUGCACGUGUAUUUUUAUUAUUGUGCUGUAAGUACUUUUUUGAUAUAAUCAUGGAGUCAUCAGAUAAUUCUAUCGUGAAAGAAAAGAAGAAAAAAACCAAGUGUAUGGAGUUGGGAAUUCUUCAGAGCCAGGGAAGCUUCCAGCUUGAUCCUUCCGAAAUUGCUGGAAAAUUGGAUUCAUCUAAAUGGCCACUUCUCUUAAAGAAUUUUGAUAAGUUGAAUGUGAGAACAAAUCAUUAUGUACCACUGGAAAAUGGAUCAUCUCCCUUAAGAAGGGAUAUAGAUGAGUACAUCAAGGCCGGUGUUAUUAAUUUGGAUAAACCAAGCAAUCCCAGCAGUCACGAAGUGGUAGCAUGGAUCAAACGAAUUUUGAGGGUUCAGAAAACGGGACAUUCUGGUACAUUAGAUCCUAAAGUAACAGGAUGUUUAAUAGUGUGCAUUGAAAGGAGUACAAGACUUGUAAAAUCACAACAAUCUGCAGGUAAAGAAUAUGAAGCUGUGUUCAAAUUACACUCUGCAGUAGAAGGAGGACUUGCUCGAGUGAAGAGAGGUCUAGAGAGUUUGCAAGGAGCCCUUUUCCAAAGGCCCCCACUAAUAUCUGCUGUUAAAAGGCAACUUCGUGUGAGAUCUGUUUUUGAAAGCAAAUUAAAUUUUUAUGAUGAAAAUAAAAAUAUAGGGGCAUUUUGGGUAAGUUGUGAAGCUGGUUCCUAUAUCCGUACUAUGUGUGUACAUUUAGGAAUAAGACUUGCAGUUGGGGCACAAAUGUUAGAACUUCGUAGAGUGAGAUCAGGUAUUCAAACAGAAAGUGAUGACAUGGCUACCUUACAUGAUGUACUGGAUGCUCAAUGGUUGUAUGAUAAUCAUAAAGAUGAAAGCUACUUAAGGAGAGUUAUCAAACCACUAGAAAUUUUACUUACAGGACAUAAAAGAGUAAUCGUAAAGGAUAGUGCUGUGAAUGCUAUAUGCUAUGGUGCCAAAAUUCUUGUUCCAGGAAUUUUGAGGUAUGAAGAUGGUAUUGAAAUGGACGAAGAAAUUGUAAUAGUUACGACAAAAGGAGAAGCCAUAUGCCUUGCUAUUGCUUUAAUGACUACAUCGACAAUUGCUAGUUGUGAUCAUGGUGUAGUAGCUAAAAUUAAAAGGGUUAUAAUGGAAAGAGAUUCCUAUCCGAGGAAGUGGGGACUUGGACCUCGUGCAGCAAAAAAGAAGUUACUUAUAGCUAGAGGGGAAUUAGAUCAGUAUGGAAAACCUAAUGAGAAAACACCAAAAGAAUGGUUGAAUAGCUAUGUGAAUCUAUCAGUUAAACAAGAAACUUCUGAGCUUCCUGAACUAGUAGAAAAUCCUGCCAAAAAGGUCAAGAUUGAGGCCCUUGAGGAAACUGCUGCGGUACCCAAAAAGGAGAAGAAAAAGAAGAAGCGGGAGCAGGAUGAAAGUAUGAUUACUGAAGAGAGCACAGGUGAUAUUGAAGUCAAAAAAGAAAAGAAAAAGAAGAAGAAGCAUCAUGAUGAAGACACUGCAGCAACCACAAUGACAGAGGAAAGUAUUGUUGAGGAUACCAGUGAAGUUACAAAAGAGAAGAAAAAGAAGAAGAAGAAAGAUAAGAAUAAAGACAGAGAGUAAAAUCAGAUGACACAAGGGACUAAGUAAUAAUUCCAAGAACCAGAGCUGUUGAUUUUCAUAAUGAAAUGACUAUUCCAUUUGCAAAGAUAACUCUCAUGCAGUUUUGAGAAACUGAAAUUGUAAAAAGAAAUUUUCUAGGGGAAUUGUAUACUCAUAGUAAAAAGGUGUAUACCAUAUCUCUCUCAUGUAAAAAUAACUGAUUUUAUCCAAAAUACAAUUUAUCCUUUUCAA